AUGGCCAGCCCGGCGCUCAAUUCGCGCCGACCGCCGUCCGGGUAUAGCACGAACGUCGUCAUUCGCGCAAACCACAUCAAUUCGACCACGCCGGUGCGGUCCCGAGGUACGGAGAUGGGGACGAUGGGGCCUUUCAUUGGUCGGGACAGCCUGGGAAAGCAUGGAAUGCCAGGAAUGGAUACCGAGGACACGAAGAGAGGAAGGGGCCUUUCCCUCGGACGGGUGCCACUCGACGACGACGAGGACGACGACGACGGCUACGACAACGACGGCACGUCACAGAGGGACCCCUGGACUCUCCUCCAUCAGAUUCAGACUUGGACUGGGGUCUCUAGUGGCUGGGAGUGGAGUCGAAGGCUGAUUCAAGCUGAGGACGACGACGAGGAUCGGAGGACGAGGAUAGUAAGCGCCUCCGCCGCCGUAGGACCGUAG